UAAGGAAGUAAAACUCUAAUUUCCAACUUGAAAAUGUACCUGUAAGAGAAAAAUCAACAGAAACUUUCAUGGAUUUGGAUAUAGUAUGUGUUGUUGAUGGACUUCAAAAAUGAUUUUUGCCUGAAUUCCAUCUUCAAAAUUUAAUUUACAAUUCUUGAAGGAUUAAAAAAAAAAUACUUCAGCAUUUUUCUUACAAAGAAAAACAUAAAAAAUGUUUGGUAAAUGUGUGUUACAAGCUAUUAUAUUACUAGUUUCUGUUCUGCAAGUAAUGUCCUACAGUGUGACACUUUUUCCAGAAUUCAUCACUGCUGAAGUUGGAACUGAUUCAGUCAACUUCACCUGUAGAAUACAGUUGACAGAACUAGAGGCAAUGAUUUCACAUUGGAUAAUAUGGUGGAAGGACAACAACAAAAUUGCAGACAAUGAUAUUGUAUUGAUAAAUUCUGCCAAGUACAGUGUUCGUGGAUUAUCAUCUGCUGCAACAGUGGAAUACAUACAGAUUUUACAAGUUAAUAAUAUUAAAGAAACUGAUUAUGGCGAAUAUGUAUGUACUUUGGUUUUAAAUCGACCUAAUAUGACAAGUACUUCAUCAGAUUCUAUACUUAUAAUAAGUAACUUUAUUUUUCAACCUGUCUGUUCCAUUAGUCCAAGUGAAUCUGAAACUGGACAGCAACAGAUGACACUGUUCUGUACAAGUUUACCAGGUGAUCCUCCAAUAGUACUUUACUGGAAGGAUAAUGAAGGUAAUAUAACUGCAAUAAAACAACAGCAACAAAAUGAACCAGUGAUAUUAUCAUAUACAGUUUCUGUUGAAUCUUUAUCAAGCAACCCGAGGUUUAUAUGUACCGCUAAAAGUACAGUAUCAACAGACACAAAGGAAUGUGUCAUUGGCAAUCUGACUUCAAUGACAAUGAUGACAAGUGGAGAAGUCACAAGCAUGGCAUCAUCUAGCAUAGCACAAUCUAUUGAAGAAUCUACAGCAACCAGAUAUGAAACAUCUCCACAAUGCAAAUGUGUUUCUUGUGACAAAGACAAUAAUACAGCUAUUGCUAUAUUAUCUGUCAUUGGAGCUAUAAGCAUAUUGGCCAACAUGGCAUUUUCAAGUUAUAUACUCAUCAAGAAAGGAAAAAAGAAAAAUAAAAAUGAAAAAGACUCAAACUACUAUGCAACUAGCAUAAGUCAACAGCAUAGUAAACAACAGCAUGGAGUUGAAAUAUUUAAACAAGAAGCUGGAGAAGAUGGUUAUAUGGAACCAAUUGAAGUUGGAGAAGAUGGCUAUAUGGAACCACCUGUACACAUUCCAGAUCCAUAUGAACAAAUCAAUAUUAAUGUUGAAUAUGAUUUUUAGAUUCAAUUUAUUUGGAAUAUACCAAUAUAGUUUUUAUAGACUAAAAACAUGACAAAAAAUAAAAUAUGUAUCAACCCACUAACAUGAGAAAUAUGUUUUUAUUUUCUUAUUGUAAAGGAAAAUUUCAGAAAAAAAUGCAUAAAUUGUUAAAUUAAAUUGGGUACUACUACCACAAGGUAGGGGGCGUUCUACUGACAAUCGAACAGCGUUCGGAACUCAAAAAAAAAUUUGCUUUUGAAACUCAAACACGCAUUAUAGAGAUGCAGCACGCGUUCGCCACGAACUCCUUUUACCGUCAUUUGAAGGACGUCCUCUAGAGCAUUGUAGUGCAGGCCUGUAUCCAGGGGGGGUUUUUAUGGUUUGGGAAAACCCCUUUUUGUAGCAAACCCCACUUUUUUCUGGCGAAACCCCCUCUGUAAAUUUCCCAAAUAACUCCUCCAACCCAACUAAUGCACUGCAGACCCACCCAGAC